AUGUGUGGAAGAGAUUUCAUGAAUAAAAACCCCGAUGAAGCAUUUCAAUUCCUUGAUUAUGUUGCCGAGGUAUCUAGAAGUUGGGAAGAAACAAUUGUCAAGGAAUCACCUAAAGAUAGAAAAAUGAACAGGGCAAGAGCUAGUGGAGUGUAUACCUUACCAGAGGGUUUAGAUGUCCAAGCAAAGUUUGCAACCAUUAUGAGAAGGUUAGAUGAUUUAGAAGCCAAGGGAGUUCAAGAGGUACAAAUAGUUAAUGAAGGGGUAACUCAAUUGUGUUUGAUAUGUUGGAGGAAUCAUCCAAAUCUAUCAUGGAGAGGAGGUAACAAUGACCAGUUUCAGCAACAAGGAAACAGAUUUCAGGGUAAUCAGACUAAUGGGCAGCAAGGUUUUCAACCACAAGGUUUAUCUCAAGAGAAAGGAAAAUUCCCAGCUCAACCACAGAAAAAUCCGAGAGGUGUAAAUGAAGUUUCUAAAGGGCAAAAGGAAGAUUGCAAUGUAGUUAUCACACUCAGAAAUGGGAAAGAAUAUGAAGGGCCCAAGUUACUUGUAAGUGAAGAUAUUCCUGCUAGAUAUGAACCAACUGUGGAGAAAAAUGCUAGAAAUGAGAAAGAGUAUGAAAAAUAUGAGGAAGUCAUUGUGAGCAAAGAUAAAAGGAUUGUUUCCAAUCAUUUUCUUUUCCCUUCAGUUAUGCAAAGACACAAAGUGGGAAAUAAAGCUUUGGAGAUUUUGGAAGUUUUGAAGCAAGUGAAGAUCAACAUUCCAUUCCUUGAUAUGAUCAAGCAAGUGCUUGCUUAUGCAAAGUUUCUCAAAGACUUAUGCACUGUGAAGAGAAUGAUUGAAUUAAGCAAGAAAGCAUUCCUCACCGAGCAAGUCAGUGCCAUCAUUGAGAAUAAGGUAAUGGUGAAGUACAAAGAUCCAGGUUGUCCUACCAUCUCGGUCUCGAUUGAAGACUCAUUCGUGGAAAGGCCUUUGUUAGAUUUGGGAGCUAGUGUAAAUUUUCUUCCAUAUUCAAUCUAUAAGCAAUUGGGACUGGGAGAGCUUAAGGCUACUACCAUUACACUCUCUUUAGCAAACCGUUCGAUUAAAGUACCUAGAGGAGUAGUCAAAGAUAUCUUGGUGCAAGUUGAAAAGUUCUACUACCUAGUGGACUUUGUGGUGUUAGAUACAGAACCGUUGAAAAAGGGUGUGAAUUCUGUUCCAAUUAUUCUUAGGAUACCCUUCCUUGCUACAACCAAUGCUCUCAUUAAUUGUCAGAAUGGAUUGAUGUAG